CCCUCUCUCUCUCUCUCUCAAGCCCUGCCAUGAAGCCAUAGAAGUGUGAUUUUGGUUGGAGUUUUAGUCGAAGUGGGUCGUAGUCGCAGAGCUUCAUCCCGGUCGACCGAGUUCAGCCCGUCUCGGAGCUACGCAUUGGCAACUCCUCCUCCCGCCGAAUGGGAACCUUCGGUACGCUCCUACUCUCUAAGGCGCCGUACAAGAACGGCAAGAGCGGCGUCCAGAGGGUUCUUCACGACGCCUACAAGAAGAAGGAGACGUCGAUUCUCGUCCGGCUUCGCGGGGGCGCGGACGAGUACGCCGAGUUGCAGGCUUGUAUCGUGCCCAACGACCCGACCGGGAAGAAACAGUACAUGCUCAGGUCGAUCGCCGAUCCGAAUUACACCGUCUGCUUCUUGGAUCGGACGCUGGUUAGGGAAGAAGCGUCAUCUCAGAGUGGAAAGUGUACAUUCUUAAACUGUUUUGACAUGGGCUCUGGAUCUAGAGCUUGUGCUGUGAAGGAGGGUGUGAGGUUGUACUUCAACAUCAGAGCUGCUCAUGUUGAAAAGGUGAGGCAUUCUGCAAUUGAGUCUACUUUAGUUGAUGCAUUGUCACAGGGAAUGUCUGCUAAAGAUGCAGCCAAACAAGCACAGAAAGAAGGUGCAAAGGUGGCAAAGUUGGUGACCCGGCAUUGUUUGGCACAUAUGCUGGUGGUUUCCUUAAAAAGCAAAGACUUGCAAAGGUUGGCUAUCUUGUGAGAAGGGAAUUGGGCAGUUGGGUUGGAGGUAGGAUAGGAUUUAUGGUAUAUAAUGUGGUUAAUAGAGUGCAUUACUUGCUUCAAUUUGUUCAAACUGAAUAAAAUGUUGUUCGUGAAAUGUCAGAAGUAGCAGGUGUUUAGCUUCA